UAUAGCUCACGAACCACGUACUUUGAAUACGACAAGUCGUAGACGGAAAUUUGGCCUUUGAUUUGGAAUCUCUUCUAGGCCUUUGCAUAUAAAUUUGAAUUUGUUACUAUUGUAACAUCCUUUAUUCAUUCUUUACAACAAAUUAGAAAACACAGCAUUUUUUCGCAUUAUCAUGUAUAAAGUCAUUUUUGUUUUGGGCGGCCCUGGUGCUGGUAAGGGUACCCAAUGCGACCGCCUGACAACUAAGCUUGGCUGUGCUCACAUCUCCGCUGGUGAUUGCCUUCGUGAAGAACAAGCCCGUCCCGACAGCAACGAUGGCAAACUCAUCAAAGAAUACAUCACUGAUGGCAAGAUCGUUCCCAUGGAAAUCACCUUGCGUCUCUUGGAAGCUAAAAUGAAGUCUUACAGUCUUCAAGGCAUCAACACCUUUUUAAUCGAUGGAUUUCCACGUAAAAUGGAUCAAUUCGAAGGUUUCGAAAAAGCCAUCUGCCCUGCCACUGUUGCCCUCUUCUUCUACUGCGGUCAGGAAAUCAUGUUGGCCCGCUUAAUGAAUCGAGGAAAAACCAGCGGUCGAGAUGACGAUAACGUUGAUUCCAUCAAGAAACGUUUCGUUACUUUUACCGAAACUUCCAUGCCCGUUGUCAACGCUCUAAAGAACGAUAAUCGUUGUAUCACCAUCAAUGCCGAGCAAGACCCCGACAGUGUCUUUGAAAAUACGGUCCAAGCUUUGCAACCCUACCUUUAGUUCGCCUAAAACAUAUUUCAUUCUAGACUUCCCUAUGCAAUCUUUUUUUUUUUUUUUUGUGUGUUUCUUUUUCCAACGUACACACAUAUACUCAAACAAAUACAACAAGCGCAUCACUCAAAAACUACCAUCUCUUGCUUUUUAAACAUU